GCCUGUUCGAAAGAUUCGACUCGUUCACGGGCUUUACAUCGCUCUACGCGGAAGCGCGGCGAGAGCGUUUCCCGUCAGCCCGUUCGAAAGAUUCGACUCGUUCACGGGGCUUCACAUCACUCUCCGCGGAAGCGCGGCGAGAGCGUGUCCCGUCAGCCCGUUCGAAAGACUCGACUCGUUCACGGGGCUUCACAUCGCUCGGAAAGUAAACGUGUUUUCACUAAAGCGGAGGAGGAAACGUGGCCGCUGGACACAAGUCGUCUUUCUUCCGUCCUUCCAACCCGCAUUUGUGGGCUGGAGCAGCUGUGAGUCACACCAGGAUGACCGGGAACACCGGUCCGGCGUUUAAGGGAAACCGUGUGACGGGGGGGCUCCGGCAAGGGGGCGGGGCUCACGUGUGAAGCGCAGCCCCGACAGAGACGCGCUUUUCCGGCUUCCUCUCCGACCUCCGCCGGCUCGGCUCGGCUCGGCUCGGCUCGGCUCUCCCCCGCGCAUCUCACCCAACCACCCAUGGACGAGCGCUCCGGGGGUUCUCGUACGAGGGUUGGGGGUAGUGCGCCUACCUCACAGGACUUAAAGGCCCAGCGCCCAGCCGGAUGUGAGACCCGCUGGCUUCUGUCCUUCUUCUUGCUCAGCCUGCCUGCCCGUUCAGCCCCUCCAGGUCCUCCACCUCCCCCCUCUCCACCCGAAUGCCAUAUUCCAUAUGAGGAGCAGGAAUGGAUGGUACAUACUGGACUGAUCCACUGUACAUGGGAACCAGGACCUGACCCGAAAACCCCAGCCAAUUACACUCUGCACUGGGAGUCAGCCAACGACAACCGAGGACACGUGGAGGCGACCAACUUCACUGCGUCGAUUCGUCGCCCCGACUUUGAAAGCCACAGUCAACUGAAUGUGUGGGUCCAGGCGAAGAAUGUGUACGGUUCUGCCAAUUCUCCCAGUGCUUCCUUCAACACAGCAGACAUCAUGAAGCUGCCCCAACCCAAAAUCAUCUCCGUCAGUCAGGACCCCUUGUCCAUUUCCUGGAAGUCACAAUGUACUCUGCAGGGACACUCUGAGGGAGUCUGUGAGGUCCGAUAUCGGUCCGAGGCUGAUCAAUUCUGGCCCAAGGGGGAAGGGGGGUUCCAUGGUGUAUACUACAUAGACAAUCCCGAGCCCUUCACAACAUACGAGUUACAGGUACGCUGUUCCUGUGCAGACCACGUUGGCUCAAUGAGUGACUGGAGUUUAGUCCAGAAGGUGAAGAGUGCUGAGGGAGCCCCUGUUGGUAAGCCGAAUAUAUGGUGGGACUGUGGCGGGACUCCCGCAAUCUCCAAAUGUGUGCUAAUGUGGAAGAAGCUGCCCAGAUCCCAGGCUCGCGGACUCAUCCUUGGAUAUGAAGUUAAAUGGAUUCACAGCAAUGGCACGGUAUUGGUCAUUAACGCGUCCACGGCGGAGACGGGAGGUCAGCUGGAGUGUGGCGAGAUGCAGUGCCACCUCACGUCCUCUCCAGCAGAUGUGUCUGAGGUGUAUGUGUCAGCCUACAGCGCACGCAAUUCAACGCUGCCUGCUCAUCUAACAAUGCCAGGUAAAGUGAUCAAUGAGCAAAACAUUGAUUUGAAGAUGAAUUCAAACGUCAUUAACGUGUCCUGGGAUGUGCCUUUUCAACUCAUGGACAACCUGACGGGAUAUGUGGUGCAAUAUAAGCAGCAGGGAAGUCCUCCAGCACAAGGAUUUGAUUGGGUCAGAGUGAACAAAAGCCAAACAUCGAGCAUCUUGACAGGGAACUAUGAGAGUUACAUUGGCUACAAAGUGUCACUGUUCGCCAUGUCAAAAAAGGACGAUAGCCACCAACUUUCCUCGGCGAUUGGCUAUGUCCUUCAGGGGACCCCACCCGAAGUGCCUUCGUUUAAGGUGGAUGCUAUUGAGUCCACCUAUGUCAACCUGUCUUGGGAGCCGAUUCCGCUGCAUCAGAGGAAAGGGGUGAUUCUGGGCUACAAGAUAGUGGUGGACAACCAGAAAGUGUACAACGUGAAUGUGUCCCUGCAGCAUGAAAUUACGAAAUUUCAGCUGGAGAAUCUAAACCCAGGCCAGGACUAUGAGGUGGAGAUCAGGGCUGUGACCGCUGCGGGGUCAGGACUCAGUGCAAUCGUUAGGUUCAAAACACAACAGCAACAACUCAGUGGCUACAACAUUGGGACAGUAUUCGGCUCCAUUGUUUCAGUUUUCUCUAUAGUUAUUGUCAUAUUCUUGAUUUUUAUGAGUAAAGCUUGUCCCCUGAUACCACUGGGCUACUGUGAGAAAGUGCCGGACCCUAGAAACAGCUCCGUGUUCCAACACAUGACCACGUAUCAGAUCAAUGAAUUCUCUUGGAACUGUGUUCCUAGUCUCGAACCCAAUCUCCAAAUCUCUUAUUUGGAAGUCAUGCAAAUCCAGCCCCAUACUCUGAAGUCCUGCCCAAGGAAAGCCUCUCAUCUUGAUGGAGUGACUGAGGAAGAGGCAGGAGAUGAGUGCUCACAUAAAGACAGAGAAAGGGGUCAAGUGGGAGUGGCUGCCAGUGAAGAAGAGUGGGAAAGGACAGAGCGGAGACAUGGAUUUGGAAGACAGGAUUACAGCAAAAUGAUUGACUCCGAAGAAGAGAGGGAUGAGGAUGGGGAGGAGGAGAGGGAUGAUGAUUUAAGCUCAUCGGACAAUGAUCAGUCUUUCUCAGGUUACGAAACACAUUUCAUGCCCACUGCCUUAGAGGUACUAUAAUAACAUUAAUA